AUGUUCUAAGGAGAAGAGAAACCAUUAUCUGAAUUUGUAUUAAAUUAUUAUUAAGUUAGUAAUUAAUCCUGCAUUUGAUACAUUAAAAUGAUUAUGAUACUUUGAAGGAAUUGGGAAUAAACAAAGGUAAAGUAAAAAAAUUUGAUAGCCAACAUUAAUUUUUUGGAACAAUUUAAUGAAAUUGAGCUAGAUUAAAAAAUAUCACCUCUAAUAUGUGCUUGCUUUCUUGGUAGAUUAGAAAUAGUUAAGCUUUUAUUAUCUAACUCUUAAAUUGAUGUUGAUUUAGCAAGUAUUGAUUCUGGAUAAACUCCACUUUCUGUAGCAGCAAUGACAGGAAAUUACGAAAUUUUGAAGAUAUUACUUGAUGCUGGAGCAGAAGUUAACAAGCCAAAUACUUUUAAUUAAACAGCUUUUGUUUCAUGUUUUGCUAGACUAGAAGAAGUAUUUUCUUCAUACUAUAAAUAUUUUUAAGGAAAAAAAUGUUUUUGAAAAUCGUAAAAUUUGUUUCAAAAUGGCUGAAUUAUUACUUCAUUAUGGAGCAGANUUAUUAAGGUUUAAUAAUCUCCAAUAAAUAUGA